ACCCCCUGAUUGUUGGCCGCAAGAAUAGGUAGGGAGAUGGCCUCCAGAACAAUGAUACCUGCUGUGGGAAGAGUUUCAAGUUAGAAUGGUUGGCAAGCAAGUAAUCGUGGCAUUUAGUCUCAUCUUUUUUGAAUUUAUACUUGCAAAUGGACAGGAGCUCACGGCAGAUGGAUGUGGAAAGGCAGUCAAUUGCUUCAAAAGCUCAUCAUGCAAAUCAAGUACAAACUGCGAUUACUUCGUUCAGUUCCAGUACAAUGCUAGUGCAAGCAUGGUUAGUUUUGCAAUUGGUGGAAAACACAGUUGGAUUGCAUUAGGAUUGCGUGAUAGCAAGCAGUUAACCAUGGAUGGAAACAUUGGCGAAGCUUGUGUAAAGGAUGGAGUAGGAGCUAAGCUUUUAUUUUUCAAUACUGUAGGGAAAAAGGCAACAUUUUCGCCACAUAAAGGACUAGUAGAUGUCGAGGCACUAGUGAUAAACGGUAGCAUACUUUGUAGAUAUAAACGAUCGAUCGCAACUCCUAGUGGCACGACUCUGAGAAACCUUGCCUCGAGUUGGUAUCUUACGAGCGCUUACGGGAACAGGAUAGUGACCGGAGAGCCGCAAUACCAUGACUCUGGAAAUUAUGCAACAAGCUCUUCAAGAAUUGACUUUAUGAAGGUUGGUGAUAUCAACACCAAAUCUUGGGAAAUAUCAGCUUUGCUACUUGCUCAUGGCAUCCUUGGGAUUUUUGCUUGGGGACUGUUUGCAGGCAUCGGUAUCUUUAUAGCAAGGUAUAUGAAAGCAGCUCUUGGGGACAAAAUUUGGUUUCCGGCUCAUCGAAUCAUCAUGAUUGUAACCACAAUCAUGUCUUCAGCAUGCAUGGUUACAAUAUUUGUAAAACUUAAAGGUUGGAAUGCAGAGUAUGCUGGUGCUCAUGCUUACACUGGAGUCAUUGCUCAUCUACUCGCUAUCAUUCAGAUGGUUGCUGGCAAUCUGAGACCUAAGAAAUCAAGUAACAAGCGAGGGAUCUUUAAUGUUGGUCAUCGAUCCAUUGGAGUGAUAGCCCUAGUUCUUGCCGGCAUUACAAUUCUACUGGGAUGCAAACUAGUCGAGAUUUCAAUAGUACCCUCCAUUAUCUGGUUUGUUUUUGUUUUCUUGGUUGUCAUAGCAAUGGAAAAACUUUCCUGUUCAUACUCAAAAACUGGCAAAAAUGUUGAAGUUAACAUGGACACACAAACUGAUGAAAAAAAGGAAGAGCAAUCUCUUUCGGAAAAUGCCAAGAGAAUCUACAAAGGGAUGCUAGCUUUAGUUGUCGUCGUGUUACUUUCUAUUGCGAUAGCUACAGCUGUAUUAUUUGGAACCAAAAAUAUCCAGCACUCACAUGGUUAGAGGGUCUCCGACGCAAGUUGUAAAAUGGGUAUUGGCAUAAUGCGUCGGCAGGCUCGACAAAAAGCUUUUUUGCUUUGCACUAAAUUUGGGGUGCACUAAAUUAGACGUCGGAAGACCUGGUUUAAGUAUAAACAUUGCUUGUUUAACAAAAAUAAUAUAUAAUCAAAAAUUUCUAAUCAAAGUUCCUUCUUCUCAUUUUCCUUUCUCCUAAUUUUCCUUCUUUUUCUAUUUUUUCAUUGUCUUUGCUUCUUCUUUUGUUUCUCCAGACCAGUUCUUAUCUUUUUUGUUUUCAUUUUUUCUUUGUCUUUCUUUUUUCUAUGGCUUUUUAUAUGGAUUGUCUUUACUUUCCCUCUUUUUCUCCGUUCUCGUUAUCUUUAUUUUAUUCUUUUACCCCUACCUUCUCCUUUCUUCUUUUCUUAAUCCCUGUUCUUCUUUUCUCUCCCCUUUCAUCUCUUUUCUUUUAUUUUCAUCUCUUUCUUUCUCUUUUAUAUUUCAUGUUACUCUUGAUUUUCUUCCCUUAUUUCCUCUUCCUUAAUUUUCCUUUUUCUUUUGGUUUCUUUUCUUUUCCUCAGCCUUUUAUUCAUUUCUCCCUCUUCCUUUUUCUUUCUUUCUUCCCCUUCUGUUCCUGUCCCUCUCUUUCAUUGCCGCCUAUUGCUAGAUUGAUCUUCAGACUUCACAUUAUCUCAUAAAGCAUAUGAGUUAUCGUAUUAUGUUUUGCAUCUGCAAAUAUUCACUUUCGUGAAAGUAUUAAGCCCAUAACCGUCCUCUUUACUUGAUAAAACAGUGUAGAAGUCCAGAUAGCAACUCUUCAUGGUCUGCCACAAGCAGUGGCGGACACUUGGGGGGGGGCGACGGGGGGCGACCGCCCCCCAAUACUUUAGAGGAUAAUGGUCUUUUGUUCUAGAACAAUGGGACAUGUGAUGUCAUCUUAUUAAAACAAUAGGCUUCCCCCCAAUAUUUGAUCAAGUGUCCGCCCCUGGCCACAAGUUUUGAUAUAAUUUUGAUAAUAAAAAGGGGACUAAGCAAAUCCAAUCAGUUAGAAUUUUAGCGCUCGAAGUUUAUAAAACAUUUAACAACCUUAAUCCUGUUUUCAUGAAAGACUAUUUUGUACCCAAAACAACAGGUCAUAACCUUCGACUCAAAAACCCCCUUGAUAUUCCAAAAGCCAGAACUACCAAUAAUGGAAUCACCUCAGUAAGUUUUCAAGUGCCUAAAAUCUGGAAAUCAUUCUCGGAAUCAAUAAAGACAGCACAAGAUACUAGACAAUUUAAGAAUUUGAACAAAACUUGGUUCCUUGAAAACAAGUGCGCAUGCUCAUUUUACAGUAAAUAAACUGUCUUAUGCAAUCCUUGAAAUUGCUUCAUGUUAGUCUUAAUUAGUGUA